UGAUUCGGUUGGGCCAUGAACCGGUAUGAUUCGCAUUACAUUUUGCGUCCGCGAUUGAAAACUUGCACCCGCCGUCGAAACGGUUUACCGCUAAUUGGCUUGCGUUUCAAAUGUAUACCGCUAGUGGCGCUCAUCAAAGGUCAUACGUUGGGGUCAAAAGACAGUCACGUGCUCAAAAUGGCGGGGGUACCCUUGCCUCAGCUGCUGUUGUGCUUGUAUCUCUGGAAAAUGGUGUGCGAGCGUGGAAGAGAACGUAACCGGCGGGCCCUAAGGGCGAGAAUGCGUCGCCGAGAAAGGGUUCUGUGUCUUGGGCUAGCGGUAGUAGCCGUGAUGAACGCAGCCUCGGCCGUGGAGAGGCCUGUCUGGAGACACCAUCGAACCCCGAAGUUCUGGGAAGAAGACGUGCCAAGAUUCAGUGACACCAUCUUUCAGCAGAACUUUAGGCUGGGUAGGCAUACCUUUGAGUACAUCUGUGAGAAAGUGCGACCGAGACUGACACGACGGAGACGCCAUAAGCAUGCUUUAUCUGUCGAAAAGCGGGUAGCCGUCGCCCUGUGGUACCUGGCGACGGGCGGCGGAUUCAGGACAAUAGCGCAUUUGUUUGGCAUUGGCAAGUCAUCCGUAUGCAAAUAUGUCCACGAAGUGUGUAGUGCGAUCGUGCAAGUGUUGCAGGACCAGUAUAUCCAGCUCCCCAGAGGUGAACGGCUCCGCGACGUCGUCCGUGCAUUUGAGGACAGGUGGCAGUUCCCGCAAUGUGCGGGAGCAAUUGACGGCACACAUGUUCAGAUAAUCGCACCCCAGGAGUACCACACUGACUAUUUCAAUAGGAAGGGGUGGCAUUCAGUGCUGAUGCAAGCCGUGGUAGACCCUUUCUACAGAUUUGUGAACAUCAACGUGGGCUGGCCGGGCAGUGUCCAUGACGCUAGAGUGUUGAAGAACUCUUCGAUAUUCAACAUGGCGAGUGCUGGCAACCUGUUUCCAGAUGAUACCAUCAACAUCAAUGGCACAGCCAUCCCGAUCAUGCUGCUGGGUGACCCUGCCUAUCCACUGCUAAGCUGGCUGAUGAAGGGAUACCCGGAGACCGGCGGGGUGACAAGACAACAGCGCAACUUCAACUACCGUCUGAGCCGGGCCAGGAUGGUGGUGGAGGGUGCGUUUGGGAGGUUGAAGGGAAGAUGGCGGUGUCUCCUGAAUAGGAUGUAUCUGGACAUUUCAGCAGUCCCAGAUGUCAUCUCUGCUUGUUGUGUGUUGCACAACAUUUGUGAGAUCCACGGUGAGGACUUUGACGACAUGUGGCUGAGGGGUACUGUAGAGCGUUACCCUAGAGAUGCUUACCAGAAUGCCAAUGAUGCCCAACCCAGAGCAGUGAGGGAUGCCCUGUCAUUACUGUUCUGGCAGCAAGGAGAUGUAAUCCCCCAGUAAGACAGUACAUACCCUCUGUACAGUUUGUACAUCAUGUUUUUCUUUCCAUGUGUAUAGGUAGUCAUAGAACUCCUAGUUAUCGAUUGUCUAUAGCAUUUGUGUAUGAUGUUGUGUUUUCUAUACACAUCAUUUGAAGAGACAAGAAGUUUGUUGGAACAUGUUUUUCUUUCCAUGUGUAUAGGUAGUCAUAGAACUCCUAGUUAUCGAUUGUCGAUAGCAUUUUUGUAUGAUGUUGUGUUUUCUAUACACAUCAUUUGAAGAGACAAGAAGUUUGUUGGAACAUGUUUUUCUUUCCAUGUGUAUAGGUAGUCAUAGAACACUAGUUAUAGAUUGUCGAUAGCAUUUGUGUAUGAUGUUGUGUUCUCUAUACACAUCAUUUGAAGAGACAAGAAGUUUGUUGGAACAUGUUUUUCUGUCCAUGUGUAUAGGUAGUGGUGGAACCCAAGUUAUCGAUUGUCUCUAGCUGUAUAGCAUUUGUGUAUAAUGUUUGGUUUUUAUGCUUGUCUAUUGUCAACAAACAUCACAUCAAUGGUGGAGUGAUAACAAGUUUAUUGCAACAAAUAUUGUAUUUUUCUUUCCCUGAGAUGCAACAUAGUUUUGUACAUGACUACCACAAGUUUAUAUAUACAUGUUUCCCUGAGUUUCAGUAUACGUAAGUUAUAUAGAUUGUCUUGUUUUCUGCAUUGUAGUUUUCUACGUUCUACUUUACUGCCAAAGACUACUUUUAACACAAGUUUAUAUAUACAUCUUU